AUGGAUGAACCUUUCAAUCGUGCCGAGUGGAAGGAGCCAGUCGCAAAGGACACGUGCUGCAAGAUUCCAUUUAUGGAAAGUCCAGAAGAGGACCGGAAGCUCACCAAGCUAGAGCGGCAGCGGUUCAAGGAGGAGGCCGAGAUGCUAAAGGGCCUGCAGCACCCCAACAUCGUACGCUUCUAUGACUUCUGGGAGUCCAGCGCCAAGGGGAAGCGGUGCAUCGUGCUGGUGACUGAGCUGAUGACCUCUGGGACACUGAAGACGUACCUGAAGCGGUUCAAGGUGAUGAAGCCCAAGGUGCUGCGUAGCUGGUGCCGGCAGAUACUGAAGGGGCUGCUAUUCCUGCACACCAGGACGCCCCCCAUCAUCCACCGGGACCUCAAGUGUGACAACAUCUUCAUCACCGGGCCCACCGGCUCCGUAAAAAUUGGUGACCUGGGCCUGGCAACCCUCAAGAGAGCAUCCUUUGCCAAGAGUGUGAUAGGCACCCCUGAGUUCAUGGCCCCGGAGAUGUACGAGGAACACUAUGACGAGUCUGUGGAUGUCUACGCCUUUGGGAUGUGUAUGCUGGAGAUGGCCACCUCAGAGUACCCCUACUCUGAGUGCCAGAAUGCUGCCCAGAUCUACCGCAAGGUCACCUGUGGCAUCAAGCCAGCCAGUUUUGAGAAAGUGCACGACCCAGAAAUCAAGGAGAUUAUUGGGGAGUGUAUCUGCAAGAACAAAGAGGAGAGGUACGAGAUCAAGGACCUGCUCAGCCAUGCCUUCUUCGCAGAGGACACAGGUGUGAGGGUGGAGCUGGCUGAGGAGGACCAUGGCAGGAAGUCCACCAUUGCCCUGAGGCUCUGGGUGGAGGACCCCAAGAAACUGAAGGGCAAGCCCAAGGACAGUGGGGCCAUAGAGUUCACCUUCGACCUGGAGAGAGAGACACCGGACGAUGUGGCGCAGGAGAUGAUUGAGUCUGGGUUCUUCCAUGAGAGCGAUGUGAAGAUUGUGGCCAAGUCCAUCCGUGACCGGGUGGCAUUGAUCCAGUGGCGGCGGGAGAGGAUCUGGCCAGCACUGCAGCCCCAGGAGCAGCAGGACCUGGGCAGCCCUGACAAGGCCAGAGGCCUGCAUGUGCCCCUGCAGGUCCAGGUGACCUACCAUGCACAGGCUGGGCCGCUGGAGCCUGAGGAGCCCGAGGCCGACCAGCACCUCCUCCCCACCGCGCUGCCGGCCAGCGCCACCUCCCUGGCCUCGGGCAGCACGUUGGACAGCGGCCAGGGCUCCACCGUGUACUCGGACUCGCAGAGCAGCCAGCAGAGCACGGUGCUGGGCUCGCUGGCGGACGCAGCGCCGCUCGCCGCCCAGAGUGUGUGCAGCCCCCCUGUAAGCGUGAGCGAGGGGCCUGUCCUGCCACCCAGCCUGCCCUCGCUGGGGGCCUACCCGCAGCCCGCCACGCCUGGCCUGUCCAUGGGCUCUGUCUCGCCCUCCACCUGUGCUUCCCUCCCACCGCAGCAUUUCCAGGAACCAGCCAUGAGCUUCGCCCCCGUGCUGACCGGCCCAGGCCAGCCCAUGCCCUCUGGCCACCAGCCUCCUCCUCUGGCCCAGCCAGCCCCCUUGCCACAGGUCCUGGCCCCGAAGCCCGUGCAUCCUCUCCAGCCGGUGCCCCCCCACCUGCCACCGUACCUGGCUCCAACCUCCCAGGUGGCCCCAGCUCAGCCCGUCCAGAUGCCACCGGUGCCCCUGCAGCCACUCACUCAAGUCCCUACACAGAUGCCUCCACUCCCUGUAAUCCCGCCAGUCGCUCCACUGGCCACGAUCGACAGCCUCCCCUCAGCCCUCCCGGACCUGCCAGCUGCCAGUGGGCCUGCUGUGCCUCCUCCCUCUCAAUAUUUCUCUCCUGCUGUCAUCUUGCCAAGCCUCCCGCUCAAUGCCGCUGCCCCUCUGCCCACAUCACCAGCCCUGCCUCUGCAGACGGUCAAGCUUCCCCACGCUGCCGGGGCACCACUGGCCGUGCCGUGCCGGACCAUUGUGCCAAAUGUGGCGGCCACCGCCACUGCCAUCCCUCUGCUGGCUGUGGCCCCACAGGGCGUGGCCACCCUGUCCAUUCAUCCUGCUGUGGCCCAGCUCCCGGCCCAGCCCGUGUACCAGGCAGCCUUCCCGCAGGUGAUGGCCAGCGACGUCCCCCCUUCCCCCCUCCACACGGCGCAGACUGUGAGGCCCACCCCUCUGCAGCCAGCAGCCCCCGUGCCGCAGCCCCACCAGCCAAGCAUCGCCCACCUUCCUGAGCAGACUGCCUCUGCCCCCAGGGUGGGGAGCCAGAUCCUGCUUGGCCCCCCACCUCCAUAUGCUGUGGAUGUCACCGCCCAGGUCCCCAUGGUGCCCGCUCCUGCUGCCAUCCUCUCCCCGCCUCUGCCAGAAGUGCUGCCACCUGCCACCCCUGAGCUCCUGCCUCAGCUCCCCAGCUCCCUGGCCCCCACAGUGAUGGCUGCUACUCAGAGCUUGCCUGUCCAGACCACUGCACUGCCACCCGCUAGCCUGCCGCUGACCAGUGGGCCUGGGAUCUCCAGCCUCUGCCCAGCUGUUCAGCUGACUGUGGAGUUGGCUCCGGAGGAGCAGGCCUCACAGGACAAGCAGCCUGGCCUCCUGCAGAGCUGUGAGAGCUAUGGAGGAUCCGAUGUCACUUCUGGAAGGGAGCUGAGUGACAGCUGUGAAGGCACGUUUGGAGGGGGGAAGCUGGAAGGCAAGCCUGCCCGGAAACAUCACCGCAGGUCCACACGCACCCGCUCCCGCCAGGAGAAAGCCAGCCGGCCCCGGCUGACGAUCCUGAAUGUGUGCAACACAGGCGACAAGAUGGUCGAGUGCCAGCUGGAGACCCACAACCACAAGAUGGUGACAUUCAAGUUUGACCUGGAUGGAGACGCGCCCGAUGAGAUUGCCACCUACAUGGUAGAGCAUGACUUCAUCCUCCCGGCCGAGCGGGAGACGUUCAUCGAACAGAUGAAGGAUGUCAUGGACAAGGCGGAGGACAUGCUCAGUGAGGACACAGAUGUGGACCGUGGCUCCGACCCUGGGGCAAGCCCACCACCCCUCAGCACCUGCAGCCUGGGUGGUGGAGAGGAGAGUCAGCAAUCCCAAGCAAACGCCCCGGUAUAUCAGCAGAAUGUCCUGCACACUGGGAAGAGGUGGUUUAUCAUCUGUCCGGUGGCUGAACACCCAGCUGCAGAGGCCCCCGAAUCUUCGCCCCCACUUCCUCUGAGCUCCCUGCAGCCAGAAGCCAGCCCAGAUCCAGCACUCUGUAAAGACCAGUUGUCCUUGAAGGAAAAACCCGGCAUCCCGGCUGGUCCGCAGCUUCUGAACCAAGCAGGCUCCAGGGAGACCGCUGGGGGCACACCAGCCCCUUUGGUGCCAUCCUCCCCACCUGUGACUGCUCUGCCCCAGGAUAUGGCUGCACCAACCACCAGCCCCAGGCCAGAGCCGGCAAGGGGGUCUGCCAUGCAGGCAGGGGGCCCAGUGACCUCUCAAGGGAUGGCCAACGAGUGUGACAACCCCCAGCCACUGGCAGAGACUCAUGAUGCCCAAGCGGUUGUAAGGCCCCUGGAUGUGGCGCAAGGGCCUUGCACCUCCCCUAUAGAGGCCUCCCAUCAUCCCACAGGUGUUGGGGAGCCUGCCUCAGCCAAGGAGGCCAACACCCAAAUGGAGACCCUUCCAGCUCCAGCCCCUGUGCCCAGUGCCUCCAGCGAGCCCCUUCAGCCUGCCCCAGGCCAGUCCCUACCUCCACUCCCUAAUGCUGUGGGAACUGUUGGCCUGGCUACCCCCCAGCUCCCAAGCCCUCCACUGGGGCCCAAUGCCUUCCCCCAGCCUCUGUCCGCGUUGGAGUCGGAUGGGGAAGGGCCUCUUCCCAAGGUGGGCUUUGUGGACAGCACCAUCAAGAGCCUAGAUGAAAAGCUGCGAAAUCUGCUCUACCAGGAGCACGUGCCCACCUCCUCGGCCUCAGCUGGGACCCCUGUGGAGAUGGGCGACCGAGACUUCACCCUGGAGCCCCCAAGAGGGGAUCUGUCCUACACGGAGGCCUCCAGGGGGGACCCCGCCUUGCCAGCCCAACUUGUGCUGGACAAGUCAGAACUGGCCCCUAGACUCUCGGCUGCCUUGGAGCAGGCUGGAUCCUCACCAGUGACAGCAGCAGCAUCUUUGAGCAAUACACUGGGCUCCGAUGGAGGAUGGGUAUCCUCGGGCUCACCUGCAGCACCCAGUGCCCCUCAGGGUGCCCCUGCUUCUGCCAUCCCUGCACAUCUGGAGCUCACAGACCAGAGCGGCGGGGACCCGGGGGAAAGCUCCGCCACGCCCAUGCAGCGCUGCCCCGGGAUGCUCACCGAGGGCAGUCAGGCCGGCCACCCCCAGACUCACAGCUCUCUGGCCUCGGGGUCCCCUCGGAAGCAGCCAGAGCAGCAGGAUGGCAGCUCACCAGCUAAAACUGUGGGCCGGUUUUCUGUAGUCAGCACCCAGGAUGAGUGGACCCUGGCCUCCCCCCACAACCUGCGGUACUCGGCCCCCCCCGAUGUGUACCUGGAGGAGGGGCCCCACGGCCCGGAUGUGAAGCUGGCCCUGCGGCGUGUGCAGACGGCUUCCUCCAUUGAGGUCUGCCCAGACGAGCCUGUGUCCAGUGACUCUGGGGAGGAGUGCCCGCACCGGAGGCCCCCUGUGCUGAAGCGCAGCUCCCUGCCCAGCAGCAGUGGUGGUGUGGCCAGCGACUUUGUGAGGAAGGCCACUGCCUUUCUGCACAGGUCCUCAAGGGCUGGCUCCCCUGGCCCAGAGACACCCAGCAGGAUGGGUGUGAAGGUCCCGACCAUCAGUGUGACCUCCUUCCACUCCCAGUCAUCUUACAUAAGCAGUGACAACGACUCGGAGAUUGAGGAUGCUGACAUCAGGAAGGAGCUGCAGAGCCUGCGAGAGAAGCACCUGAAGGAGAUCUCAGAGCUGCAGAGCCAGCAGAAGCAAGAGAUUGAAGCCCUGUACCGCCGCCUGGGCAAGACGCUGCCCCCCAACCUGGGGCUGUGGCACACGGCACCCCCCACUGGCCGCCGGAGGAAGACCAGCAGGAGCAAGCUGAAGGCUGGGAGGCUGCUGACCCCGCUGGUGCAGCAGCUCAAGGUCGUGGCCUCCAGCACAGGUCAUUUGUCAGACUGCAACAGAGCCCCUCCUGCUAAGGACCCCACCAAAACCGGGGUGGGGCCUGCAGCAGCAGCAUCAGACUCCUGUGGGAAGGCAGUUCAGACCCAGCAGCCUUGCUCCGUGCGGGCCUCCUUGUCUGCAGACAUCUGCUCGGGCUUAGCCAGUGACGGAGGCGGAGCACGUGGCCCAGGCUGGACGGUUUACCACCCAACGUCUGAGAGAGUGACCCAUAAGUCUAGUAGCAAACCUCGCGCUCGAUUCCUCAGUGGACCCGUGUCUGUGUCCAUCUGGUCCGCCCUGAAGCGUCUCUGUCUAGGCAAAGAGCACAGCAGUCGGUCCUCCACCAGCAGCCUGGUCCCAGGCCCCGAGUCAGGCCCCUCACCUGCCCUGCAUGUCCAGGCUCAGGUGAACAACAGCAACAACAAGAAAGGCACUUUCACGGAUGAUCUGCACAAGCUGGUGGACGAGUGGACCAGCAAGACGGUGGGGGCUUCGCAGCUGAAGCCAUCGCUCAACCAGCUGAAGCAGACACAGAAGCUGCAGGACAUGGAGGCGAUGGCUGGCUGGCCCCCGACCUCCGGUGAGGUGCGGGUGAUGAACACACCUCGAGCAACAGUGGGGACACCAUGUCUGGCCCUGGCGUCUGGCCCUCUACCCACCACUGUCAUUCCUGGAACUGCCCUGGCCCUACCUGUGCCCAUGCCAGAUUCUGAGAGUGAGAAGCCCACCUGAGCCAGGCAGGCUGACCUGACCCGACGCCAGGCACCGUGUCAUCUCAUGCAGAGAAGGCGAGUCUGCGCCUCGUGUCAGUUCACAGUUUUGUAACCACUUUCUAAGCAUUUUUUUUAUUCACAAUUGGAAACACAAAUGUAAUGCAAGAAUAAAAAAUAUUUUGGGGGAAAAA